AUGCGCCUCAUUAGAAAUAGCGCUCCGGCAACUACCCAGGCUGACACCCCUUUGCUACGCCACUGUAAUGACACUACAGGUACAAAUGUUGGGAAAUAUUUUCUUAAAAUUGUCCAAGUUGAGAAACAAGACAAAGAUUUUUGGCAUCGUUGUUGCUGUUUGUCUCUCUUGUUGGAUUUUGUUGAGUAUCGCAAGCCAAAUCAAGUGUCAAUGCUCAAUCCCGGUGUUAUUGACAAUUCUGGCAACCCGCUGCCCGCAACUGGCCUGGAUAGAGUUGUGUUCCUUGAUACCACACCUUUGUAUGCAGUUUAUGAGUUGCCACCGUCCACCAUCAUUCUGGAAACUUCCAACAGCACAGAAAUAAUAAUUGAUACUGAACACCUCAUCGCCCUGGAUCGUUUGGAUAAGUUGUCUGGUGCGGAGUUGGAAGAGUUGUACGAAGCUGUAUCGAACAGCGCAGAAAUAUCGUGUCCGAAAGUGAUGAGGCUUGGCAACGGAGAGGAAGGAGGCUGGAACAUCUGUCUCUUCGCACAAUUUGCUCCAAAGGAACCAUGUCUAGUCUAUUCAUUUGGUGUGAGAGAUGAAUGGUCAUUUGAAGAAGGUGUAGAAAGAAUAUUCAACUGUACUAUCAGAUCAUUUGACCCCAGCAUGAACAAGGGAAACGCAAAACAUAGCAAAAACAUUUUCUUCUACUCAGAAGCGCUUGCUGGCUCCGAUGGAUUCAACUCUGAUCUGUGGAGACUCAACAAGCUGUCCACGCUGCGGAAACUAUUUCGCGAGGAUGAUGUCAUCUUAGAUUACCUGAAAAUUGACGUAGAAUAUUAUGAAUGGGAAUCAUUGCAAUCUGCCAUUGAAGAAAAUUCUCUAGCGAACGUCAAACAAAUAGGAAUUGAACUGCAUAGAGAUGAAAUUUUUAAAAAGCCAACAACAGCUGAACAUUAUAAACAAUUUUUAACGAUACUGAAUAAUUUGAGAAAAAUUGGCUUUUAUAGAUGGUCAGCACAUUUGAAUCCUCAAAGCUUAUCAGCUCUUUCCAAUUUUACAAACAAAACGGUCAUGUGCUGCCACGAGUUUACCUUCAUCAGUUCGAAAUUUGUAAAAUAAUUUUUUUAUAUUGAUUCUGUUCGAUUUGAAAAGUUUAUAAUAAACAUUUGUGUCAAAAAUGUUGAGAUCAUAUACACAAGCAACAAAUUUAUUUAAGCCUUAGAAUUGUUCUGUUUAUGUAAUUAUUAGUCAAGCAGUUAUUUGAAAGUUUAUUAUGAAAUGAUGCAAGUUCAUGCUCGCAUUGGCGUUUUAAUUUUUGCACUGCACCUUAAAUACUCUGUAAAAUAUGGUCCAUUGGUGAAUCCGACUCAGUAGACCUGGGUAGACUCAAAAUUUUUAAUUCAAAGUGCAUCUAAAUGUUCAUUAAAACAAUUCUGCAUUCAAUUGUUUUACCUUGAUGGACUUGCUUUUGAAGAGAUAUGAAAACAACU